CCAGUGACCAUCCCGUAGCAAGGAAAUAACACGGAUAUAAAUAUUAUAAAAAAAAAAAAAAAACUCUGAAAAGAAGCACCGAAGGUUGUUACUUCUUAUCCCCACAAAACCGACGACAAUGUCUCUGACCCCAUGCCGCUGGUCACCCAGCCUCAGGUCCAAAGAUGAAUUGUCGACCUUCGCGAGCCUGCAGGUCGACUGGAAGGAGACGCUGGAAGCCCACGUGUUCAAAGCCGACCUGCCGGGCCUCAAGAUGGAGGAGGUGAAGGUGGAAAUAGAAGAGGGAAGAGUUCUUCAGAUCAGCGGAGAGAGAAGCGUCGAGAAGGAGGAGAAGGGCGAGAAAUGGCACCAGGUCGAGAGAGGCCGUGGCAAGUUCCUCCAGAGGUUCCGGCUGCCGGAGAAUGCUAAGGCCGAUGAGGUGCAAGCGUCAAUGGAGAACGGCGUCCUGACCGUAACUGUCCCCAAGCUGCCGGGGAAGAAGCCAGGGGUGAAGUCCGUCCAGAUCACCGGCUGAGAAGGUUGUGUUCUGUUGGUUCGAGCGGCUUUUAAUCCGAUAUCGGUGCGAGGAAGAUGAUACAAGUCCGAGAGAAGUUAGGAUCAUGAGUCGUUUUGUACGAGUCGUGCGUGUCCAGUGUGCUGUCUUAAGUCUUUCAGCCGAGAUCAAGGAUUGUAAUCCGGCCAGCACGCCAAUAAAAUUUGCUUUUAUUGCACAUAAAUAAUGAUUUUGCUC